UUCUGUAAUGACUGGGAACGAAAAGUCUGAUCGAUUGAGAAGGGUGACUUUGAUUGGCAGAGCUGUGAAUUAGGCUGCUUCUAUGGACCUGACUGUAUCUUUGCAUUGCCAUCGGCAUCUUUCCCCUCAUCUACAUGACAAACACAAAGAGUCCAGAAUAAGAAAUGACAGUUUUUAGGGAACCCCGAGCUCAGCAUGGAUAUAUUUCCGGGUUGUUGCAGACCCUUGGGAGACUAUUUUAGAAAAACUCAACUCAAAAACGGUGCGCUGUGAUAACAUUGCAUGCAGUAGCAAGUUUAGCAGGAGCCAGGCCGCCACUAUGUCUAAGGAACUGUCAGUGACCCCGGCAGCUCAGUAUGUGGGGCCGUAUCGACUGGAGAAGACUCUCGGGAAAGGCCAGACAGGUCUGGUGAAGCUCGGGAUUCACUGCAUCACUGGCCAAAAAGUAGCCCUCAAAAUAGUCAACAGAGAAAAACUCUCAGAAUCUGUGUUGAUGAAGGUGGAGAGAGAAAUUGCUAUAUUAAAACUGAUUGAGCAUCCACACGUGUUGAAUCUCCAUGAUGUUUAUGAGAAUAACAAAUACCUAUAUUUGGUACUGGAGCAUGUUUCAGGAGGAGAGCUGUUUGACUAUUUGGUGAAGAAGGGCAGACUGACGCCUAAAGAGGCACGAAAGUUCUUCAGACAAAUCAUAUCUGCUCUGGACUUCUGUCAUAGUCACUCCAUAUGUCAUAGAGACUUGAAGCCAGAAAACCUCCUGCUGGAUGAGAGGAACAAUAUCAGGAUUGCAGACUUUGGCAUGGCCUCACUACAGGUGGGAGACAGUCUGCUAGAGACAAGCUGUGGAUCUCCUCAUUAUGCAUGUCCAGAGGUUAUCAGGGGUGAGAAAUAUGACGGCCGACGGGCUGAUGUAUGGAGCUGUGGAGUCAUUCUCUUCGCUCUGCUAGUGGGCGCGCUGCCCUUCGACCAUGAUAACCUGCGGCAGCUGCUAGAGAAGGUGAAGAGUGGAGUGUUCCACAUGCCCCAUUUCAUCCCACCCGACUGCCAGGCUCUGCUGCGGGGCAUGAUCGAGGUCAACCCUGAACAAAGACUCACGCUAGAGGCUAUCCAGAAACAUGCCUGGUAUCAAGCUGGACGCAAUGAGCCGUGUCCGGAGCAGCCGCCUCCGAGGCGCGUGUGCAUGGGACGGAUCAUGUCUCUGACAGAGCUGGACCCAGAUGUGCUGGACAGCAUGUAUUCUCUGGGCUGUUUCAGGGAUCGGGUUAAACUGGCCCAAGAUCUGCAGUGUGAAGAAGAUAACCAGGAAAAGAUGAUCUAUUAUCUCCUGUUGGACCGCAAAGAGCGCUAUCCUAGCUAUGAGGAUGAGGAUCUUCCUCCCAGAAAUGACAUUGACCGUCCACGAAAGCGUGUAGACUCACCCAUGUUGACGCGUCACGGCCGCUGCCGGCCAGAGAGGAAGAGUCUGGAGGUGCUGAGUGUGACGGAGCAGGGCUCUCCCACACCCCCACGCAGAGCGCUGGACACCUCCACGUACAGCCAAAGAUCUCAAUCUGUAAGCGGAGCAUCAACGGGCCUCUCAUCUAGUCCUCUAAGUAGUCCCAGGGUAAGUACCUUCCCCACCCCCCCACCGCUACCCCACCCUCCUCCUCCUCUUCCUCUUCUUCCUCCCGAGCAGAGGGAGGAAGUGUGGGUGGGCUCACUCUCCUUGACCCCACCCUCUAGUCCAGGGGGAGGCGGCGGCAUGGUGGCCAGUAGCUCUGCCCACUGGAGGACACGCCUCAACUCACUAAAGAACAACCUGUUGGGGUCGCCGCGGUUCCACCGCCGCAAGAUGCAGGUGCCAACCUCAGAGGACAUGUCCAGUUUAACACCAGAAUCAAGCCCAGAGCUGGCUAAAAGGUCCUGGUUUGGGAAUUUCAUCAGUCUGGAGAAAGAAGAGCAGAUUUUUGUGGUCAUCAGAGACAAACCUCUUAGUUCCAUUAAAGCGGAUAUCGUCCAUGCCUUCCUCUCUAUUCCCUCCCUCAGUCACAGCGUAAUCUCUCAGACGAGUUUCCGAGCGGAGUAUAAGACUUCUGGAGGUCCGUCUGUCUUCCAGAAACCCGUCAAAUUCCAGGUAGACAUCUCCUUCUCUGAGGGGGAAAGAGAACGAGAGCGGGAGAGAGACAGGGACGGACAGAAGGAUUAUGGGAUCUACAGUGUAACUUUUAGCCUCAUAUCGGGUCCAAGUCGCAGGUUUAGACGAGUUGUUGAAACGAUUCAAGCCCAGUUGCUCAGUGCUCACGAUCAGCCCAUGGCGCAAACUUUUUCAGAUGAGAAGAACAGUCGCCCUCCUAGAACACCAACCAGACAGAAUUCUCGGCGCUCAGAGGGCGGAACCGACCGCUGCGAGUGGGUGGAGUGUGGAGAGGGCGGGGUUUUACUCCAGCGCAGGGGGUCGGGAAGAGAAAGAACCCGCCUACUUUCCUCCAGUGGAACACAAUCACAGCCCUGAGCGAGAAGUG